AUGAAAAAAGUAUUUCGAUUUUCUUCAGUAAGCUUUGUUGAAGCAAAGGACGGUGCUGGUGGGCAUAGUGCUGCAGCAAAGAACAAAAACAAAACGUUCUACAGGAUAGUUUCUCGGGAAGGUCAUUUGCUCUUAUGGUAUCUGUCGCCCACUUAUCUCUGUCGCAACAAAAGCGUCUAUACUUGGGUUCUCUGUCCCUCUCGUGAUUUCUCAGAAGCAAACGAAGCACAAACCUUCGAUUUUGUGCUACGCCAGACCAUACGUCUUGCAGGCGAAAACUCACUUGUGGUCCUUGGCAACUUUACAAAUACGGAAAGAUGUGUCCAAACGACACAAAAAAGAAAACUUCAGAGCGUCGAUGGUGGUCUCCCUUCCCCCACCCCCACCCCCAAACUUAGUAAAGAGACAGAUGGGCCAACCGACUACAGCAGCAGUCAGAUUAUGUAUUAUCGUCUUUAA